AUGUCGCCCGUGGAAACGUCGUCUAUUUUAUAUAGUACUUUGAAUCAACGGGAUCUCAAUCUUCCGCAAGCCACCCCAACCUCCAUCUCCACCUUCAUCACAUCCACCAUCUUCCCAAGCUCUACCAAUUCGAAUUCCAGCAUUCCCAACCCCUCAACCCCACCCACUUCCAUAUCCUAUCCAUCCUGGUCCGUCCACUUUAGUCUCCUCCUCUCCCUCCUCAACCUCAUCGCCAUCUGUCUACUUCCCCGAGGACAGGGCAAACUUCUCCUUUUGUUAGGGUGGAUUGUAAUUUGGAAAUGUGUAGAGUGGGGACACUGGCUAGGGUUUCUUAUAGACUCGCUUCUGAUUUGGUUGACAUGGGGGGGUUUUUGGGUUUUUAAGAGGAUUUUGAUGUGGUUGUGGGGGGAGUUGGUUGCGGAAUUUGAGUGGAGGGAGGGUGAGGGUGAGGGUGAGAGUGAGAGGGGAAGACAACUCGAUGAACAAAGACAAAGCGAUCUUGAAAAAGCAAAUGAGAAUAAGAUCUCUGAGAAAGUUAAAGUUUAG